AUGGACACAAAGGAGAAGCCGCUCUCGGAGCCGGAUUCGGAGCCGCAGCUGGAGACCCAGACUGAACCGCACUCUCAGUUGCAGUCCCAACAGCUGACGGAUGACCUACUGUUGGAAACGCCAUCACCGCCCAUCCCCGUCCGGCGACCACGUCGCACGGGGCCACCCAUGCCGCCCGACGAUGUGUUGCGCCUCUCCAUAGCCGACAACCUCAUGCAUAUUCUGGUAAAUAUGACAAAUGGCGAGUACAAGCGACAAUGUUGCGAGAUUUUGCAGGUGAGCGAGCUGGCGCACAGUGCCCAUGGCAAGAUCCUGGCCGCCCUGCAGCACAUAGAAGAGCAGCGGCCAGGUGGUCCUCAAUGAUGGGCUCUCUACCCCUUUUUUUUACAUAAUUAUUUUCUGUAUCAGUUAAACAUUUAAUAAUAAACAAUUGCUAACAAUAGGAUUGUGGGGGAGGUGUCCACUACUUUUUCUUUUCCUCCGUAUUGGGCUCCUGCUUGGUCUCCUCUGCCUUCAGCAGCUCGGAGAUAAUGCCGACCUUCUUCAGCUCCUCGAUCAGAUCGCCGCUUUGAUGCAGCUGCAGCAAAAUGUCACAGCCGCCAACGAACUCGCCAUCGAUGAACACCUGGGG